AUGGCAAAUUCUAGAAUUGCUUUAGAAAAAAUCUUUGAUACCGUCGACGUAUUAGCUCAACAAGGCGCUGGAUUUCGUGGUCACGAAACCGACAACAAUUCCUGGCUCAUGAAAAUGCUGAGAAUGAGAGCGCAAGAUGUUCCACAAUUGGAUUGGUGGCUUGGCAAAAUAUUGAAUCAACUUCUCGAUGAAAUAAAAGCAGCUAAAUGUUUCUCUAUAAUAGUUGACGAGACGGCUAAUAUCUCCAGAAAAGAACAGGUGUCCAUCAGUUUCAGAAUCACGACAUUAGACUUUGAAGUCAAAAAAAUUUUCAUCGGCUUUUAUCAUACCCCAAAUACCAAAUCAUCGACGUUGCUCAAAAUCGUCGAAGAUGUGCCGUCAAGGUACAAUUUGCAGUUUUGUAAUCUGAGAGGACAAUGUUAUGAGGGAGCCGCUGCCAUGAGCGGAAAAAUAUCCGGCCUGCAAAAACGAGUAAGAGAAAUCGAACCCCGAGCGCUGUACGUCCAUUGCACUGCACAUUCUCUCAAUCGAGUCGCACAAGAUGCAAUGAAAAACAUUGACAUUGUGAACAACUUUGUUGGAGUAUCAAAGGAUUUGAUAAAUUUUGUACGAGAUUCUCCCAAACCAAUGGAAGCAUUCAAAGAUAUACAGCUGCAGUCUUCUGAAAAAAAAUCUUCGGCGACUAAUCUCUCAUCAUUUUGUCCAACUCGGUGGUGCAUGAGGGUGAAAUCUCUCAAAACAAUAGUUUCUAAUUACGAGACUAUUUUAUCCUUCUUAGAACAGAUGAAAGCUGAAAAAACCGAUGACAGUGGCAAAGCAGAUGGUUUUCUGAAAUAUCUGGAAAGUUUCGAAUUCUAUUUUUUAUCUCUAUGUACAAUCAAAGUAUUAGAGAGAAUCGUAAUUUUGAACAAAGAACUUCAAAAGAGUGAUCUUUGUGUCGAGGAAUCGCAUGAAAAAGUCAAGUUGGUUCUGGAUGCCAUGCUAGAAAUCAGAGAAUGUGGUUUUGACACAUUGUGGGAAAACGCGACGGCGAAUGCAAAGGAUCUCGACCUGGAAAAACCAUAA